AUGCCCGCACAGCUUCCGGGUCGUCGCCUGGCCGUCGACGUCGGCCAAAGCGAUUUCGCCGCCUCUCUCCACGCACUGAGGCACCACGAUCCGCUCUGCACCUUCGCGAUCGCGGCGGCCGCACUGCGUUCCUCGCCCCUCCUCCGCUUUACCCGACUGCCAAAGUGCGGAGAGAGGGCGCUGACCUGCGAGCGGGGUUCGACUGACCUGGAGGCGUGUGGGGGAGGAGCAACUCCGCCGCUACCCGCUCAUGCCGGGGGUCGAUUCCGAAGCCCGGCUCCCAUUCCCCCCGACGACGACGACGACGACGACGACGACGACGAAGACUACACUCGGGGAGCGGUAUCGACCGUCGGGGGCAAACCCAAGUCGCCAGCAGGAAGCGGGACAGAUGGGCGCGAGAAGGGGCACAUGAUGCGAAGAGCGUGGGGCAUCGAAGAAAUCAUAGUAAGUAGGUAG